AUGCCCAAACUGAGCGUAUGCUCCAAUCAUCGUAUUCCACAGGAUAGGAUCUACCAUGGACACGUGAUCGCCCUCCGCCCGUACGAGGUCGCCACACUUGCUGUACAUAGUCACCAGUGCGUUGAGCAUUGCCGUGGCUUUCGAGGCAUCAAGCUUCCUGUAAUAGAACUGGCGGCAGUCCAGGACUGGUUUGCGAGCGAGCUGCGGGGAUGUGGGCGGCGGCGGGAGAUCGAACGUGGCAGGGAGAUCCACGCCCAGCUCCACACCUCUGGCUAUGGCGGCGACAGGUAUCUAGGGAAUCUUCUCGUCCAGAUGUAUGGGGAGUGUGGAUGCGUGGAGGACGCCCAUGCAGCGUUUGAGGCUAUCCACGAGAGGAAUUCCUUCUCGUGGAACAUCAUGCUCGCGGCAUAUGCCCGCAAUGGGCAUUUGCAAGAGACCAAAGAGAUGUUUGACCGGAUGCCCGCGAAGAAUGUGGUGACGUGGAACGCCAUGUUGGCGGCAUACUCGCAGAACGGGCAUGCCAGGGAGGCCCUCACUCUGCUCCGUGCCAUGUGGCAGGAAGGCAUUGGUGCCACGGAGGUGACGUGGAUAUGCGCGCUGGAUGCCUGUGGGAAGCUGGCAGGCUUGGCGCAGGGAGUCCAAGCCUAUAGGUUGGUCAAAGAAUCUGGUUGCGAAUCUUUCAAGGUAUCUAACGCGGCCAUCACCAUGUUUGCGAGAUGUGGUGCCAUGGGAAACGCCAGGGAUGUGUUCGAGUCGAUGCCGUCCGUUUCUCGAGGGCUCGUGACAUGGACGGCCAUGAUCACAGCCCACGGCCAAUGUAACGAGCCAAGGGAGGCAUUGCUGGUUUUUGCAAUAGCGUGCUUGGAAGGAAUCAAGGCUGAUGGGAUCGCGUUCGUGAGUGUUCUUGGCGCUUGUGGAGAUGAAGGGGAUUUAGCGAAAGGGCGAGCGAUUCACAGGCUGAUUGACAACGCCACCGUCAAUCGAAGAGACGGCCACAUUGACAAUGCGCUCAUCGCCAUGUACAGCAAAUGUGGGUGCUUGUCCGAGGCGAGGAGGAUUUUUGAUCGCUGCUGCGCUACAGGGAUUGCCACAAUUGGGACCUGGAAUUCCAUCAUCUCGGCGUUUAGCCGCCAAUCACAGCUCAAAUCCGAGGCGGUGAGGCUGUUUGCUAGCAUGGAUCUCGCAGGGAUUCCACCGGACGAGAUCACGCUGAUCAGUGUUACAGAAGCUUGCUCUAACUUCGAUCAGCUCCGCCACACUGCACUGGAUGAUAACCAAGGCCUCCAGAAGAGGGGAUUCAAGCUCCGGAACGCGCUGAUUGCCAAAUGUGGCGAAUGUGGCAGCCUAGAAACUGCAGAGCUCUUGUUCUUUGAUGGCGACCACGACCGCGGCAUCGACAAUGUGGUGUCUUGGAACGCGCUGAUGGCAGCGUUUUUGAUCAAUCGCAAAGAAAGAAGAGCCCUUGAUCUUUUCAAGCAAAUGGAUUUGGAGGGUAUCUCGCCCAAUUCCAUCUCUCUUCUCAUAGCUCUCGACGCCUGUGCUCGCCUGCUAGCCCUGGACGAAGGCCGUACCAUUCACGAGCACGCAGUGGCCAUUUCCGUGGCGGUCCACUCGCCCGUCAAACUGGCCACGGCGCUCAUCACACUGUACGGCAGAUGUGGACACGUGGCCGACGCCUGGAGCGUCUUCGCCGGCCGCACGAUCGCAGCCCGGGAGAACUGGAAUACGUACACGUGGACGGCCAUGAUGGCUGCUCUUGCCUCUGGUGGUCAGCACGGAGAAGCCGUGAACUUGUUCCAGAGAAUGGGGCAAGAGGGAUUCCAGCCCGAUCUCGUCGCUCUGGGCAUCAAUUUCCUGGCGUGCAGCCACGCAGGGAUGAUCGAUCAGGCGCGCAGCUGCUUCGCAUCUAUCGAUCGCGACUAUGGCAUCACCGCGAGCCCAGAGCUCUUCGUGAGUAUGCUGGAUGUUCUAGGGCGAUCGGGAGGAGUGCCGGAGGCCAGGGAGUUGAUCGAAAGCAUUCCAGUUGGUGCUAGAGCGGAUGGCUGGGGGGCAUUGCUGGGAUCUUGUGGAAUCCACGGCGAUUCCCUCACGGCAUCUCUCGCGGCAGCUGGAGCAUCUUCUUCGUCGGCUUAUGUCCAGCUGGCCAGCUUAUACAGGCAGCAACUUUGA